ACGGAGACCUGCGGAUGCCAGACAGCAAUCCAGAAGCUCUGCCCACGGAGUAGUAACUCGGCCCGGUGGCCUGCUUGUACCACGCUUCAGUGGGACUCCAAGAAAGUAGGAGCGAGAUGGCCACUAAAACUAUGGUGGGCGUGGCCGGUCUAUUCCGGAGAAGCCUGGUUGAGAUCCGGGAUUGCUGUCGAACACUUGCACAAGGUUAAGCCGGGCAGCACGCCCGUCUCAGUCACGUGACGUCACUGAGCUUGGAUUUAAGCUGAGACGAAACGAAAGCGUUACUUAUCGGCACCUGACGCGCUGUUAGGGACUGCGACCGGGCGCUGGACUGCGUAGCCUGCUUCGGAUCUGAUCGAGUGUAAGCUCGUGGGCAGUCUCAGGUAACGAAGACGGACGACUUUGGCCCCAAAGACACCUGUUGAUUUUUUUUCCCUACUUCGGCAUGUGGAAGCGCAGGGUUGUGUUUUGGCUCGCCGAGAGGAUGGAGUCCUCCAUACCCCAUAUCUAUGGGUUGUGAACUUUGACUGCUUAUGGGCUGCGUUGUAUCUGUGGCGAAGCUCUCCGCUCUGCAGUGCCGCUUUACUCCUUCUCAUGAAUUUCUGCCCGCCGCCCAGAGGCUGCCGCUGCAACAUCUUGGAUUAUCCUGAUAUCUUGUUUCACCAGAACUCAAAUUACAGUUCAUACACGGACAGUAUAUUUAACGUUUCGGCGUGACAGCACCUCCUCCAAGUUCUAUGAUGAUGCCUUUCACGUUAUUUUCCCCAGAUUUUUAAAACUUCAAGUAAGGAGUAAUAAUCUGUUUUAAGUGUUAUAGCUUAUUUCUGGACUGACUUUGUGGCUCACAGCAGCGCUCAGGCUGAUGGAUCAUGGGUCGGACUUCCACCUUCCACUUGUGACUGGGGGCUGCCCUCGGGGCCGGGUGGGACUGUGGCCCACUUAUGGCACCCUGAAGGCCUGCCUGCCUGUCCUGGGGUGGCUGCCCAAGUACAGGUACAGCUGGCUCCAGAUGGACCUUAUUGCAGGAUUCACUGUGGGCUUGACCACUGUUCCUCAGGCUUUGGCCUACGCCGAGGUGGUGGGCCUGCCCCCACAGUAUGGCCUCUAUUCUGCCUUCAUGGGAGGAUUCAUCUACUGCAUUUUUGGAACAUCAAAGGAUGUGGUGUUGGGUCCGACGGCCAUCAUGUCCCUCUUGUGCGCUCCCCAUGUUGGCCACCACCCAGGACAUGCCGUGCUGCUGACCUUCCUCUGUGGUGUCAUCCAGGUCAUCAUGGCUCUCCUGAGGCUGGGGUUCCUGCUGGAUCAUAUCUCUGACUCUGUGAUCAAAGGCUUCACCUGUGCGGCUGCUGUUACUAUUGUUUUUGGGCAGCUGAAGAAUCUUCUUGGCGUUGAAGAUAUUCCACAACAGUUCUUCGAACAAAUGUAUUAUACCUGCAUGAAGAUUCCUGAAGCCAGGCCUGGCGAUAUCCUCAUGGGUGCUCUCUGCCUUGGUAUGCUAGUCUUCCUGCCCAAGUGGCUUAAGUCGUCUGGUCAGAAUUCAGAUGACCGCGUUUCCGGCAGCAGACGGCUUCAAGGCCUGAUCUGGGGUCUUGUAACAGCACGCAGCGUCCUGGUUGUGAUCAUCGCCACUUGCGUCGGCUGGUUCUUUGACUCCUCUGACUACAAGUUCCUGACCUUGACGGGAGAGGCCUCCCAGGGACUCCCGCCUCUCAAGCCCCCUCCUUUCUCAGAGACCACAUCCAACGGCACAGUGAUAUCAUUCAGUGACAUCGUGCAGAACUUAGAGGGAGGCUUGGUGAUCAUACCUCUGAUGGGUCUGCUGGAGAGUAUCGCCAUUGCCAAGGCUUAUGCCAGUCAGAAUGACUACAGAAUAGACACCAAUCAGGAAAUAUUCUCAAUCGGCCUCACCAACAUCCUGGGCUCCUUUGUCUCUUCGUAUCCCGUCACAGGAAGCUUUGGCAGGAGCGCGGUGAACUCGCAGACUGGGGUGUGUACACCAGCUGGCGGAAUUGUGACCGGCACCAUCGUGCUCCUCUCUCUGGCCUUCUUCAUGCCGUUCUUCCACUACAUCCCCAAAGCGUCGUUAGCCGCUGUCAUCAUCUGUUCCGUAGCGCCCAUGGCAGACCAUCGCGUGCUCCCAGACCUCUGGAGGAACCGACGUAUGGACCUGCUGCCCUUCCUAGUUACCUUCCUGAUCAGCUUCUGGGCCGUUCCGCUUGGCAUUGUGGGAGGCGUGUCUGCGUCUGGGAUAAUGAACAUAUACAAGCGCACUAAAAGUGUACAAAGAUCUAUAAAAACACUGGGAAACACUCAGAAUAUUUAACUUAUUUUUUUGAUGUAGGUUUUUGAACGUUUUUACUUCCCGAGCAGCAAAAGAACUAGGGGGGGAAGCAGAGGCCAAACUUGGAAGGAGCUGGAUGUAUCUCCUCAAGUCACUGGUGCCAAACAUGCUUCUCAGAACAUGCUUCUCUAGCAGGACAUGAGACCAAUAACUCACCCUGACUCUGGGGAUCUCCUUUUGAAAGGGAAUUUCAGACACGGGAAUUCGUUAAUCAAACAGAAAAACUGCUGGAAAAUAUUUAUUUAUGGAAUAAACAAUCACAACUUGACUCAGAA